AUGCCAGAAUCGUCACAAAAAAGUAAGAGGACACUAGGGAAACCUAACAGCGAAGAAAUAACACAUCUCCCUCCUUCUCCUGUUAACGAGCAAGAUGCAGCAAUUCUCGAGCAACAGCCUUUGUUGGAUCAUAAUCAUGAAUUUCUUGAUCCAGAUGAUCCCAUAGUUUCUCCAUUGAACUUGUAUAACGUUCAGUUAAUGAAAAUUGGUGUUACGGUACUAAUAUUUUUCAAUGCAAUUGUAGGAUUUGCACUUAUAUUGACGGAUUUCAUCUCAAUUCCCGGACUUAACAACCGAGGUAAGUCUUUUUUGGAGUUGGACCUUAUACUCGUGGCAUUGCUAACUAAUGCCAUCACUCUUUGGUGCUUCACGGUUCCAGUGUACUAUGACCGAAUCCUAGGCUACAUCACUGGUGGGCUUCUUCUCUUAGACUUGCUCGUGAUUGGAGUAGUUACAUACACUAGACACCAAUUUGGCUGGAUAGGAAUUAUUAUUUUGAUCUGGACUGGACUCAAUGUUUUGGUGAAUGCUCUUGUAGACUACUGGGUAGAGAGGGAGAAACGAGUACAGGAGGUAAGAUACACUGGAAGAGUUGAGAAAAGAUGGUCGUUGUCCGAGUUAUUGAUUGCUUUAGUAAAAAUUACCGUCAAAUUAUUCUUACUAUGGGUAGUCUGGUGUAUUAGUCUUACGUUUUGGUUGCAAACGUUUGAUUCACACGAGAAACCAUGGGGAAAAAUGGUUGCUGUGAAUGAUAAUUCUUUCAAAGUUCACCUCGCUUGUUUUGGCAAUGUUCAUAAUAACACGAAAUCUAGCCAACCUAUAAUUCUAGUCGAGGGUGGACAAAUGAUUGCUACAGAAGUCUUCCAAGAGUGGAUUGAAGAACUAUAUCACUUGAACAAAAUCGACCGAUACUGUAUUUGGGACAGACCAGGCUACGGAUUUUCGGAUAGUGCACCUUCUCCGGUUUCAAUAGGAAUCAUUACUGAGUAUCUUAUUGAGGCUCUCAAUAAGGAGGAAAUUGAAGGUCCCUUUUCGUUGGUGGGUUUCGACAUUGGAGGACUAUAUUCGAGAGUGUUUGCUUCUAGAAACCCGAACAAAGUUCAUUCGUUACUUCUCGUAGACAGUUGGCACGAAGAUUUGUUGAAAAGGUGGCCCUUUAGUGGAUCCAACCGAAAGAAUGAGAAGUCUACAGUUUUCAAGAAUAUUAUUGAGCUAAUGGACAAUAUCACUGGAUUUAAGCUUUGGUUUAGAGGCUUGGUCUCACCAUUGGGGAUUGUGUCUAAUAUCCAUUGGUUUUUGCACCCAUUCAAACAUCUGAGCAAAAGUCGAAUUUUCGGGUCCGACAUGCGUUAUCAACCGAAGUAUAUACGAGCUAGACUACAAGAGCAGAUUACGUCUACAUUAUUGUCGUAUUCUGAAGUCAAGGAGUCGACUGUGCAUGACCUUCCGUUGAGUGUGAUCUCAUCUGGGUUUAUGAUCAAGAACUCAUUGAACUGGGGCAAAUGGCAGCAGGAGAUUAGUAAGAUCAGUUCGAACACUGUCGAGUGGGUCAUUGCUGAAAACAGCAACCACGAAAUCUGGAAAAGUCCUCGAGGCAGAGAACAACUCCAGCAGUUACUUAUGCGUGUAAUAGGAGGGAAGACAUACUGA